CUUGGGAUAUUUUAUCAUACUGUUUGUUGUAAUAAGCUAUUACAUGAAGUAAUCAAGCAAUAUAUGAUAUAUCCUUAAUUUCCCAUAAUGUCGCUACAUGAGAUAAUUUACUCAAGAUCCUUAAGUCUGAAAUAACAUGGAGGGAUUAGGCUGUCAGUAAAUUUCUCAAAACCGCUAAAUGCUUAAUUCCCCUAUUCUCACAGACCAUCCUCAGCUGACAGUGAGUUCUGCAGUCAUCAGAGAGAGAGAAUCAGUUCAGCUGAGUUGUGAGACUCCUCCAUCUCUCCAUGUGUCUCACUGUUACUUCUACAUAGAGGGGGUGAAGAAUCUUCCAGACUCAUCGUGUACGCAGACAAUAACAGGAACUGAGCUGCUCAAGAGGGCGGGUUCAACAAUUCCAGCUGUGGUCAAAGUGAAAUGUUACUACGCUAUAGGGAAGUCUCACAUAUCUCCUAUCAGUGACCCUGUCUCAGUCACUGUUCAGGUGGGUUUGACUCCAGGUCCUAGAUCUACUUUGCCGGCCAGCACGACAGUGAGUCCUACAGAAGUUUCAACUGUUACUUCUACUUUGACCCCAGACACCACAGUGAGACCAACUACCAGUUUUACCUCUCCUUUGACCCCCAGUACAGCAGUGAAUCCUACAUCAGGAGGUCAAAGCUCCACAGAAAGCGUUCUGGGUUCGACUGUUACUUCUACUUUGACCCCUGACAUCACAGUGAGACCAACUAGUUUGACCUCUCCUUUUGCCCCCAGCACAGCAGUGAAUCCUAUAUCAGAUUUGACUGUUAGUCCUACUUUGACAUCUGACACCCCAAAGAGUCCAACUGAAAGAGGUCAAAGCUCCACAGACAGUGUUGUGAAUUCAAACGGUCAGAAAAGAGUUUUGGCGGUGCAAUUAUGGCAGGCAGCAGUGGGUAUGGCUUCUGGAGUUGGCAUGUUCCUGAUGGGAAUGACAGCUGUCUGUAUCUGUAGGAGGACCAAGAAAAACUAUUCCCAGAGAUCUACAGCCAGACAGGAUGAUCACAGCCGAUUAUCUGUUCUAGAUGAUUUGGUGAUGGGAGCUGUGAGCAGUGCAGGCAUGUUGGAUUCAAGGGAUGCUGGGAUCAAUUCUCUCAUCACCUUUGUACCGUCCACGUUUUUGCCCUCAGGUCCUGUGCAGGUAUCUGCAAAUGAAAAUGUGGAUUCAGAGAAUGUAAGGAUCUACAGCCUGAUCACUUCUGUACCAUCCACAUCUAUACCAUCAGGCCCUUUUGAAGAAAAUGGACAGUCAUCUGAAAACGACAAUUCUGAUGCGUACCACGUAUACAGCUCAAUCCCCGACAGACCAGCAACAUCAGCCCAGCCGGAUGGGUUGUACAGUCUUCUGCAGGCACACUGAAACUACACCACUGGCUUUCUAUAACUAUGUCUCACAGAAAUACUCUUCUAUGUAGGAUGUCCUUUAUUUGUCAUACAACAUGGUACUGUGAAUAAGUAUCUAAUACAUCUACUGCUGUGCCGUUUCUAGUC